AUGGACUUUAUCCUUCGAUGCAAUGCUCUGAAAUGUCGGAAAGAAUUGAACGAUCAUGCAGUAGCUACUACUUGCAGAGCAACAUGUCCUGCAUGCGAUAUGCAUCUACCGAAUCCCGACGAUGUAGUUGUCACUAAUUUGAACCCGAGCGAGGACUACAAGACGAGUGUGUUAAGUGGACUUAAUCCGAGUGUCAUCAUGGAGUGUGCAGGGCGAGCGUUGAGUUUCUGGGCAUACCAAACUACUCAAGAGAUUGUUUAUCAAGAAUACCUAGCCAAGAGUUUGACAGACAAGUACUCUACGCUGAAUUCUCAUAUGGAUAAGAUUAUCCAUGAUGCAAACAGCGAGAUAUCCAAUCUUCGCAAUAAAAUGAUGGCCAUGAAUACGGACCAGGAUGCUUUGAGAAGAAAGAACGAGGAGCUCAACCACAUUCUCAGAGAGAAGAACAAAAAAUUCCUUCAGACCCAGGAGCUUUACGAUAAAAUGAAGCGUAGGGGAUUAUUGGAUCAAGUUCAGACUGCUGCUUCAAAUGCAGUUGACGAUACCAUACAGGCGACAGUGACUGGUCAUUGUUUUACUCACAGCAUAGGCACUGAUAAUCACAGACCACAAGAGCCACCACUUUAUGCAAAUCAACAGACCGGUGGAAUGCAACAUACUGGGGGUUUGCAAAAUUCAAGUAUGCUACCUCCGCCCCAGAGGAGAAGACACAGUAGCGAGUGGACUGCCAUGGGCAGCCAAGGAAACAAUCAUGGAUCCCAGCAUCAAGGUCAAGUUCAGGCGACACCUUCGUCUCAUCGACAGCCUUUGAUAUCUGGCAACUUUCCUCCUACAGGCACUGGCAUGAACAGUUUACAGAACCAUAUGACUGGUACACCUUUAUCCCAUAGUCGAGUUACGUCUCGUCGGGCUCCAUUAUUAGGUCUCAAUGUCAAUACUGGACAAACUUCUGGUUUCACGGGUUACGGGAUGAGAGCAGGCCUGAAGGUCGGAAAUCCCGGAGCAUCCGUAGCAUCCGACUUUUCCAGACCAAGUAUUCGAUCAGCGCAAAGACCUGGCUCGAAGGUUCCGUUCAGUCGCGAUUCAGGACUCGGCACGCCAUCGAUUUCUCGUGUUUCAAGAGUUGUACGAUACAACCACGAUGGCAAAUUAAGAUUUGGCUGGGAUGUGAGUUUCUUUGCGCUAUAA